AUGGAUUUAAUUUCUGAGGUGGCAAGCUCAACCCCGAGAGACGUCUCUCCCGGAAGCAGCCCAAUAUACGUUUCUUCCGGCCACGUGUCAGAUGCACAUCGAGCCGACGUUCUUCUUCGUUCUGUUCCUCUUCUCCUUCAUCUUGUUCCUCUUUUCCUUCGUUCUGCCUCUUCCGCCAGAAUUCGUCGCCGAUUACUUCUCUCUGGCGCAGCUGAUUUAGAGGAAUCCUCUUCAUCCACGCACUUCUCAACAGCCUCCCGAUCUCCGUCUUGUCAGCUCGCUGCUCUCUGGAAUCUCCUCGGUUGUUUCAUGUGUUUUCUUGCACACUAUAUCAUUUGGAGCAGUCAUGCUAAUCUCUGUUGUGGCUUUGCUUUUGCGCCACCUGCGUUCGCUAGGCUUGGUGCAGGAAAAGCCUUCUUGAGAAUUACAGGUGAUGAUUGGGACACAUGGAGAGACGUUGUUUCACAUUUCGAUAUCUCGAGGUCAAGCUUCAUGUGUAUUACUGUAUAUGGAGAUGCCUGCACUUGCUCUGCCUAA